UUUAAUUUUUUAAGAUGGAUUUGUUGGGAUUAAGGGACAGAAAACGGAAAUUCUUGGUGCAAAAUAACGCAAAAGGAACCCGCAGACCUAAUAUUUGGUGUUGGCCCCUAGGGUCAAUUGACCUAUGGGGAGUUUACCUUCUGGGACCUGUUUUUUAAUAUUUAAAUUAUUUUAUUUGUUUUAGCUAAUAAUAAUCAAAGAAGGAGAACAACAUCAUCAAUAUUUUCUACAACAAUUUUAAAUUUUUUAUUUAUUAUUUUUCUAAUAAAUAAUAUUUUUUUAUCUGUAAAUAUUUAUUGUCAAAUACAGCAAACCCAUAACCUUGAGAAAUUAUCAAAAUUUUCUUCUUCAAUGCCAGUUAUUGGAGGUCUUUGCCACCUUGAUUCGCAAGAUGUUCAUAUUGGAGGAAAACAAACACAAUUUUUUCUUCGUUGUGAGCCAAUUUCUGAAUCUUUACCAGGAGAAGGUGUUUGGGUUGUUAAAAGUAAGAAUGUUGGAUCAUCUGCUCCUCGAAUUUCUGCCGCAGCACUAAUAAAAUCAGAACAACAACAACAAAUUAGAAAAACUUCACCCAAAAUGAGUAGCUAUAUUUGUGAUCUCGUUUCUGAUGCACACGAGCAUGGCUUUUGCUCUGUUAGUGAGAACUGUCUUCAGCCUGUUUAUACAGAUCGGAAUGCUUUUCUACAAUGUGAUUCAACGACUCGUCGUUGGCAUAAAAAACAUUGUCAACCUUCAUUCAAUUUUGAUUUUGAACGUCAGGCAUGUAUAGCACAUACUGUUGUCAAACAGGGACAUCAUCAUUUUAGGCAAUUCCCGGCUAUACAAAACUUCAAUUCAAUAAAUGAUUCAAAAUAUAUCGACAUUAUCUGUCUUAAUACUUUGUGCUCCAAAAAUGAUCCGUGUAAUGUUGGAAUUUGCAACAAUGUUAUUGUUGCUUUUUUAAAAAUGAAAAUGUGCCUGAGGGUAAUUUAUAUUGUAAAAAUAUUUUUUCAUUUCUUAAAAGCAAAUCAAGACAAUUUAACAACAAAUCAUACAACCUUUAAUGUUUUUCAUUUUUUGGGGGCUAGAGAGACCAUUCAAAACUAUCAAAAUAAGUUUAAAGAAAAACAACAACAAUUAUUAUCAACAAAUCAAAAACCUUCACUUAUUUUAUUUUAUGAGAUUAAAAAUAUUCCUCAAAAUAAUAUUUUGAAAAAUCCAACAGAACCAGAACCAACAACAAAUUUAUUAAAUGAUUUUAAUAAAGGUUAA